CAAUGGGGUGCCUGUACAGCAGAGCCCGGACGACCAUACGUCACACGCGAAGCUUCGCCACGACGGACGUCAACGGAAUUGCUCGAGUGCCGCGACUCGUGCUUACCGGAGUAAACGGCACACAUUCCCCCCGAAACGGGGCGGACGGGAAAGCUGGAACUAAAAAUGGAAACACUCGGGUGCUGAUCAAACCUCCACCGCCGCCUCCUCCACCAUCGCCGCCUCAUAGUCCUGAUUCUAGUCCGACGUUCGAUGUCCCGGGAUUGAACGUGCAGUACGCUGAGGACUUAGAGCCCGUUGAGCAGGAAAUGCCGGAUGAGGUGCGCGCGCGCGUGCUCCCACAAAGAAACCACAUUUCCCAACAGUCCAACAGUGUUUCGACGCAUGUGCGCAGUGCCACCGGAAGUCACGUUCGAUCGCACGGACUUAAAGAGACUCACGAGAUUUUACACAGUGAUAUGGCACUUGAAGAACUCGACACGGAUACGGACAUUACCAUAAGUGGUUCCCGCCAUCAUUUAUCGGAAAACGAGCGGAAGAAUCCGUCUGCGACCGAUAUACUGAUCCCUCGCCUUAAGGAUGACGUGUCCCAUGGCCACUCCCCGACGUUUCUAAUCCGACGAAAACAGCAGAGCGGGGAGCCAACACAAGAGCGACAUGACUCAAACGCGUUGCAGUUGCGGACAGACACGCACAAUUUAAGUUUGCAGCAAAAUGGUGCAAUUCCCUCUCAAGCGCUACAUGAACCAAAUUCAGCUUCGCAGACUGGACAUGAGUUAAAACAGAAGCUUAAUCAUCCCAUAAAAUUCAGGUCAUCGCCUGGCGACGCAAACGCUAAGCCGCCCCAUUCGCGAAGACACGCGAAAUCACCUCAGCCACGACAUGGCGCGAAAUCACCAUACUCGCGACACAGCGCGAAAUCACCAGAAUUGCGAGACGGCAUGAUAUCACCGAAAUCCCGACAAGGCGCGAAAUCUCCAGAAUCGCGAAACGACGCGAAAUCACCGAAAACUCAAAUCAACGCGAAAUCACCACGUACCCGACAAGACGCGAUACCACCGCAGUCCCGAAAUGCAGCGAAAUCAGCACAGUCGCGACAAGGCGCAAGAUUCCCACACUUACAAGACAAAACAAAUAAAAACGCCGAUCAAGACCCGGAAGUACUUAAUAAUGCGCUACCGAGUGUUGUUCGAUACGACGCUAGCUUGCAGCUAACUGACGUUAGCAGUGACGGCGACGGAGACGACAUUGUGUUCGGAAAUUAUUCACAUAAUACACACAGUAAUAAAGGUAAUGAGAGCGAAACACUUGAAAACAAUCUUAGUUAUACAUUAGAGACAAACAAUUCACUGUCGUUUAAAGACGGCUCGAUUGACCGAAAUAACGGUGAGCAAAACGUGAUUGACAAAAGUGCUGUGACGAUAUCAAACAAAACACAAAAUGAAGCAAUCGAGCCAAAUGUCCAAAGAGUUGCCAGUUCCCCAAUACCAAGCACGCCAAAGGCACUCUACGAGCAAGAGCUACAAAAAAGCAGGGACACUCGUAAACGAAAGCGCUUACGUAAGCGCCAAAAGGCAGAACAGACGUCGAGAAGGCCUAAACCUUUUGACAUGGGACAUCAGGAAGCCAAUACUAUGACUCCCGAUGUAGCGCUGCAAUAUCGACCCACUUCCGGUGUGAGCACGUGGACGGCGAACAGCCGUGAGACCCUGAAUAGCCGGAAUGCCACGCAGGCGAGUACCCCAUUUGGUAGCACAGACACUCUGCAUAGCUUCGACAUGGACGGGACCGACGCCGGCGCUCCAUACGAGCUUCCAUUAUACCCGCACCUGCAGACGGGAGUGACUCCGAUCAGCUUCAACGGGCUCGCCGACGACUAUCCUACGGGCAUCAUCGAUCUAGAAGACGCCGACCACCAGGCCGGAAACGGAAGUGACGAUUCCUGGCUUGACGCAAACAAGUCCACGUUUGACGCCUGGUACGGCAUGAAGCCGUAUAACGUGAUGGGUAGCAGCAGCAGGAGGGACUCUGACGCUCAUGUUCCGAACUCAGAUCCGGUUGCGAGUGGACCCACAUCCAGUGCGCUGCAAACAAAACAGAAACUUUUGUAUUCUCGAUUCGCUCGCCGACCACAGUCGGACUCCGUGCUGCGCAUGCGCGGACGGCCGCCACUUCCGCCAGGCAAAGACGUCCACUUAAGACCAACAUCAGAAACACAAAGAAAAACACAAACCUUCUCUAGGUACUUUGCCUCAGACCUCGAUAUUCGCUGAAGUUAUUAAAUGAUUGUAUGGGGACUAACUGUGAGAAUAGCAUUCACUGAUUUGAUUUUAUGACAGUACGGACACCUUAUGUGAAACGAGAAUGACAUUCGAGAACCAUCUAAACAAAAUUUCAUUUACCAAACGUAGUAUAUAAAUAAUCAAAACCCUGUUUUGUCUGAACAAGAGCAAAUAAGUAAAAUGACAUCUUCUGGGUCUAUGUGUGGUGCAUCUUAUUAAUAUUUAUUAUAAUUGAUACCAUAAAUUGAAACCUAGAAAAUUAUACUGUGGCACAUAUUGAAAUGUACUUUGUCUACAACAACACAUGCAUGAUAUGAAUGCAAUAUGGCGCAUUUGAAGCAUUCUUAAAUGUAAAAUGUUCAAGUAAUGUUUUUAGAACAAUGCACCUGGUUAAAGGCUAAGACUUGUAGACGAAGUAAGUAGUUAAAAUGAAUUUAGAUAUUUAAUAAGAAAUUUACCCAAAUAAAAAGGGAAAAUGUAUACUUCCUUUUUAUUUUAUUAGAUUGUUAUCAAUGACAACUAUCAUAACACUAUCUGCCACACAGUUUAGUCGCGAUGUUCUUUACUAUGAAUAAUGUUGGUAAAAAUGUCAAUCAUAAAG